GUAAGUUCGUUUAGUCGUUGACGUAAGCUGUUCAUGUUCAAAAAUUUGUUUGUUCAUAUUGGAGUCGGAAGUAUUUGUGCCUUGUUGACAAUUUAUAGUAGAAUAAAACAACAAACUCUUUACUGCAAUCAUAUGUCAAUAUGACUUCGAAGAGUGAUUCACAGGAAACAAGUGAAUUUCUUCGUCGUCGUCAGUUACGACUCCAGCAGGUUAGAGAACAGUCUAAAGAUAUCGCGAAGAAGAUAAGGCAACGCGCGAAAGUUGAGAAACUACGUCAAGUGGUUGUACUUGAUGAGAGGAAAGAAAGGGAUUACAAGCAAAAUCAAGAGAAAGUGGUUAAAAAACUAGAAGAGCUAUAUUCCAGAGGUUUGAGCAAUGUAGGCAGUAGCCACAAGCGGGCUCGUGGGCUGGUACAACCAGAUAAUCUUGUUGAGAAAGUAGAUUUAUCACAUCUAAGAGGAAAAGAAGCAGUGGCAGAAGUUAAAAGGCAAAAGCAACAAAAAUUAGAUGAAUUGAAAAAGGCUUUAGACAGAAAGUUGCAUGCAAGGGAAGCUGCAAAUGAACUGAGCCGUGAAAAAUCAGCCAGUGCAGCAAAUAAACUGUCCAAACUCUCCAGUAAAGUCAAUAUUGUUAACGAAGAAAGCAAAUCUACCUCUGAAAAUGCUAAUGGAGAUGUAAAUUUGAAUGACAAGGACAUACCUGAAGGGGUGUCAAGAGCAGAUAUGGGCACCCAGUGGGAUAUUGAUUUACUUUCUCCUGAAUGGGAGGCGAAUGUUCCAGCACUAGCUCUGCCACAGGAGGAUGACAUAAAAGAGUCCACUGACGACAAAGGCAAUGCGAUUGACAAACAAAAGAAAAGUGAUUUAUUUGCGGUCAGUGAUGAGAUGCCGUCGAGCUUGCGGGGAGGAGUUGUUAAACCUUGCAACUCUGGACCUUCAAAACUUUCUUCAACAUUAGUUUCAGAAUACAUUCAAAAUCGAGUACUUCGACUACGUGAACCUGAAGUAAACACAAGUAAACAAAAAUCUGAUGAUUUAAAGAACUUAAGGCAGACCAUUACUCAGAGCAGACCUCUAAGGCCUGAAGGUAGUGCUUUUAGACACAUUUGCCACGUAGUUGAAGGUCAAGCUUUUCCGGUGGCCAUGUGGCGUCCCGAAAUCAGUUGUCAGUGUCAGUCCGUUACACCCAACCAACAAAAGUUUGAAAGAAAGCACAUUCCAAGUUAUGUAACUCACUCGAACAAAUGUGUUAGUUCCAUUGCUCCCGUGAAACUAAACUCGGUUCCUAGUCCUGUUGUGAGAAGGGCAAGACCCUUGAUACCACUUAAGUGUUGCGACUAUAAAGAGCUAGCAGGUCGUGCCAAUGAAGUGCUAAGGAGUAAGGAGUCUGACAAUGCGUUGAGCAAGAAAAAGUCGGUGACGACGUACAACCACUCCACUCGAGAUAGUCGGGACGUGCCGUGCGCCGAGGAGCGCGUGGUGCACCGCGACCGCAGCCUCGAGCAGGACGCCUACUCGCAGGCGCUCAGCGAGUCCCUGGCCGCAUCCAACUACGCCAAACAGAGGAAAAGCCAAGAUGCCGUCAAUAAGAUUGCUGUCAAGAGACAAAACGUUGAAAAAGAAUAUAACGAUACAAUAGCAUUCUUAAAUAGCCUCCCCAAAAAUAAAAACAAUAGACCAAUCAACAAUGCUUUCAAAGCUGAUCAUCGUCUACAAGCACAGAGAGAUAAUCGUCAAAAAAUAUUGCAAGAAGAGUUCAGAAACAUAGAAGAAGAAAAUAGAAGGCUUGAUACACAGGGCUACAGAUCGAAAUCCAGAUUGUCCAGUAGGAGUCCCUCCAAGCAAUCAAGGUCACCGGUAGGAUCGAAAGUCGAUAAUCAUUGGAAUGAAAGAGAUAUCCAAUACUCGUGGAUGCCCGUUCCAGAGAGCGAUAGCAAGCUGGCCGUGCACACGAUCCCCGCAGAGGGCCGCGCCGGCCGCGCGCCGCACGCGCACGCCGUCAAGUUCGGCGUCGACACCUACCACGAGUACCGCUCGCGCCACAAGCACACCCCGCCCACCAAGGACACCGCCGGCGCCACCGCCACCGCCGCCGCCGCCGCCGCCGCACCCGACACCAACGCCGUGCGCACCGUCAUCUUCCAGGACGACGACGACACCUUGUCCGACGAGUCGCUGGCCUCCGAGAAUAGCUCCACUGACGGCCGACAAUCAGAUCCCGUACAGAACGUGAACGUCGACGACAGCCUAAAAAGAAAGCAGUUGACAGAUACGGAGAGAAUCAUUAUUUACAAGAUAUUGAACUACAAACACAGAAAAAAGAAUAAAUCAGUAAAGUAAAUAGCUCUGACAAUGUAGCUAAAGAAAUGAAGGAUCGAAAGCCACUCGAGAUGAAAACAACUUGACAGAAGCAUUUAAUAAAAAAGACGCAGAUUGCGAAGACGUUGCACGUGAUGAGUGUGCUAGAGAAGAUAAAGCUCUUUUCAACACUGACCAACUUACCGAAGGGGUCUAUGAAGUGGCUGGGAAUAACAAGAACAACCUGGAGUCUGUAUAUAACCUGGGGCUAGAUAGGAACCCAUCGAGCAGUAGUGACAACCAAAGCGACAAACGUAAAAAAGGUUCAUGUUCCCGCCGAACUGAUGCAGGGGACGGUCAUCACCAUUCUAGAAAAAAAUGCUCCUCUGUUAAAUGCAAAGGUCACAGUCCAAAGAAUCGACCGACGGUAGACUUGUCGCAGAGCGCCGCUGCGCCACCCGCCGCCGCUGCCGCCGCCGCCGCCCGCCGCCGCCGCUGCCGGUACCACUACAGCGCAGGACGCGGGCUUUAUCAGGCUCAUAGACGAAGAACAAAAACAAGGUAAUUUUUACAUCGGAGCCACUGGCUUUCUUAAAAAUGAUGCUUACGAAGUUAUCAUUCAACUUAGGAAAAAUGACACGGCCAAGGAAGGGGUGAAAAAGCAAGAAAUAACCGAUGAGGAUAUCAGAAAUGAAAACUCGAAACAAAAUCCUGAUCUAGAUGUAGCUCAAUCAUCGCAACACAAAUACGAUGUUCAGCACAAAGAGUUGAGUAAUACUCCACCUCCGCCCCCGAGCCCGAGCAGGAUUCCGGUGUGAACAGUACAGAAGACAAUUUGAAACUAUUUUCAAGUGAAGCUGUUAGUAGUGGUGUACAGUGUAUAAAAAUGACGCAGGACAAAUGCGUCGCGACGUCUUUCAAUGAGCCCAUCCCCGAAUAUAUUGCAAAAAGUGAGCCGGUUGCGAGACCAGCGACGUCUGCCUGCACCCAAACUACGCUCAGCCCGGCCAACCCGAGGCCCGUUUAUAUCCACAUGAGCUCAUCCACGUCUACUGCCUACAUGAGUCCUCCGGAAGUCGUGCUGCCACAUUUCUUUAAGCGUGGUGACAAGCCUUGCAGAAAACCACGACGACCUACUAGAAAUAUUGACAAACAGCCAGAACGAAAUUAUAUGCAUCAAAAUCAUCAUUGCAAAAGCUACUCUAAAAUAUUUGAAAAAAAGUUAACUGAACCGACGAUAGAACGAUUAAAUUUUCAUGCUGAUACGUACAGAGCAAAUAACGUUCCAGCGUUUAAUUACGUCGAGAAUAAUUUUUCUGAGCGCAAUACUAGAGGCGUUUCAGAAAUGUGCUGCAAACGCCACACUCGCAAAAUGAAACCGAAACAAAUCCCCACUAAACAGACUAUGUCUGCGUGUAACACUAAAAACUCUGAUAAGCGCAGUAAAAGGAAUAGAACAAGCAAAUUAUCUAGCAAAUCUUAUCUUAGCCCUAUGAUUAAACAGUACAUUCAUAAGCUUCUUUCUUUAAAUCGGGAGGGUAUUAAAGCCAUUCAAAUAAUGACUCAGGAAUGCAGCUCCGUGAACACCCCAGCUAGCUCAAUUAUUAAUGUUCCUACCAAUUUUAGUUCUAAUAAUUGCCAACGACGUCACUUAGUUCUUGGCAAUCGAGUUUGGGAAGAAUUUGAGAGUAUUCUGAGGCAGCAAGUCAUUCUUCAUAAUAAUGCCGCACAUACAAUGUUUACGCGAUCACAAAACGCCACUAAAAGUAGAAACGGGAAGUUAAAUAACAUAAAACCAACAAGAAAUGCGAAAAAUAAAAAAGUGCACAAAGUUAAGUCUUUGAAUAUAUCGAAGAAAAUUAUAGUAAAGACGAGAGAUGAAUCUACGAAGACAAAAAUAGACAACUGUAAAAAAAAACUUUUGACUAACGUUGCUACAAGCGAAGAGGAUUCUACUCCUUCAGAUCAUGGUAUAUACUACGGGGAACCCAGUGACAAAAGUAACGUUUUAAAAACUUGUACAACUAGAACUGAGAAAAAUAAACGUCACAUACAUGAAUCAGGCAGAGAAGUAUUUUCUUCAGAACAGCCGAAGGCAUCAUCAUCUAGCAAUAGUAGUGAUAAUAUCCCAUCAAAGCCUAUGAAUAUUUCAACACAAACAGGUUGUACUGUUGAUGGUGAAAUUAACUUCAUAAAGCUAGCAGAAGGCAAACUUCAAAAUAUGGAAAAGAUAGCAGAUCUUACGGAAAAGUGCACUAAACGGUUGUCAAAUUUAGCUAAGGUAUUGGAAGAGGUUAGAAAAAAUAAAUCUUUAGCCUACAGCCAAGUGUCGACAGCAGAUACGACAUCGGAUUCAGAUCAAAAGUCGGACAAUCUGGUUUCUGCCGAAAACAAUGAUUUGAAAAUUCCCUUAAAUAUAUAUAGGGAAGAAAUUGUAAAGAAUAGUAAAGAUAUUGAUUCCACUGAUUAUGAAUCUCUUAUAUCAGGUGUACCAAAUACUGGUAAUAUUAAUAUCGCAGAAGACAAAAAAACUGAUUUAUAUGAAACCAGUAACUCUGAGUGUAUUAGCCAAUCAACUUCCUCCGUUUCUACAAAUGGAGAUUGUCGUGAAAAUAACAAUACGAAAUGCCGGAACAGGCCUCCUCCGGCUUUGCUGCGGAUGAACUUGAAACGCCCUCAGGACCACGUUGUGCCGCAUGAACUCUCCACGGUCAUUGAAGUAGACUCUCCUUUAAGCGCGAAAUUCAAACAACAAUCACCGAUCAACACAAACCGUUCUACUACCAAUCUUGCUGAUUCAAAGAAAGACGAAAAAGGAUUGUUGGAUCACCCAGAAAUGGGUUUAAACAUUGUUAAUAAAUCAAGUAAUGAAAAAUACAAAGGGACUAAUGAUUCACCCGAAGACUCUAAAUUGCAGAUGAUGGAUCUAAAUCAGUUUAAUGAAAUCAUGUUAAAGCCAUUUGUUAGUCUUCAAGAAUAUGCUCGGGAUCAUUAUGAGAUGAGUACGCAUACGAACCGUCAAAAUCUAUCUAAAGACAUCGGAAUAACAGACGACAUUAGCUCUCUCCAUUCUGACGGUAGUUUACCAGACGUAGUGGCUGAAUUACUUAAAAGAAAACUUAUCACCGAACCCUUUAGAUUUGAUACUGCGUCUAACAUGAAUUCCACCACCUUAUCUUCCGAAUCUACAUUAUCUAUCUUGGCUUUGUCAAAAGUUGGAAAAGACAAGAGUAAAUCAAGAUUAAUAUCAAACAAAGAAAACAUGGGUGAAACAUCAGACUCUUUAAGCAUUUCAUCGAAUCCUGAUUUAGAAAAUGCCUUUAAAAGGCUCGGAAUGGGUUGGGCUUCUUCAACUUUAAAAAAGACUAAGGAGCGAUUAGCUUUAUCUUCCUCUUCGAAUACGUCCAGUUCCAGUUUGUCACAGAUCAAGUUCAAGACAAAACAAGAUGAACCGGCCGCAGAUGCUGUUUGGUCUGUGUCUAACAUUUCAAAAAAGCCUGCGUUGAAGCGCCGGUUAGAUGUCUCGAAAAAUGCAGAACAACAAACUUCACCUACCAAUAAUAUGACAGUCAAAGAAUUUUUAACUAAAGAACUGGCUAAGAAAAUAACUUUUACAGAUAAGUCUAAUAGGAACGAUACAAAUCAGGAGUUUGUAUCUUUAUUUGAAACAAAAUUACCAGAAGACUUCAAAAAUUCUUCUAAAAUUCUGUUAGAUGACAAUUCUGUCGAUAGUGUACCUAGUGGCAAUAACAACAGGGCGCGAACAUCUACGCCCGUUAAGCUUUUUAAAUCUGUGACAUAUCAUUCUAGUUCCAGUUCCAAUAUGUCCAACGGACUGUUCAGUAACGCUGACGAACUGUCCUCUGUCAAACUCACCCCGGCGUCGGCGCGGCAACAUUCCGCAUCUGACAAGGAUGAACUGACUAUUCCUAAUUGCAGUCUAAAAAUGCGUAAAACCUUAUCAGAUUGUAGCAAAACGGAUUCCUGCUAAAUAUUAAUUUCCUUUAUAUUACCCACGUGGCAAUGUUAUAUAUAGUUUUUUUACAGAAUUAUUUUUAAAGAAUGGUUGAAUUUUGUAUACAUAUUGCGAUUUACGUACCAAUUAUAUAUGCAUUUUUAUGUGACAAAUAAAAUAAAUGUACUAAGAACAUCAUU